AUGGAAGAAAUUAAACAAUGGUAUUUGCAUUGUCUCCUUGAGCGUAGAGGCAAUCAGGAGGCCAGUAUGAUGUCCUUUGUGAAAGGCAUUAGAAGCAUGGAAAAAUACUGUCGUGAUUGCUACGGAGAAAAGGUUAAUUUAAGUAGUGAUGACUUUGUGGAAAUAAUGGUGGUUGAUGGUUGCUUUAUAAUUGAACUCUUCCGCAAGUAUAUUACUGAUUUUACCGCUGGAAAGUGUGCAACAAAGGUUUUCCCAGAAAGGGAUGAUCCUGUGUUCGACACAUCAUGGAUGAUCGCGACGCUCCUAUACGACUUGCUUCUACUUGAAAAUCAGAUUCCUUGGAGAGUUCUCGACUGUUUAUUCAAGCUCACAAGAGAAAACGAUGAAAUAGAAGAAACUUCUCUAUCUCAGCUUACUCUCAACUACUUCGAGUUUUACACCUUAGGGCGAUAUCCAAAGAAAAUUGAAGAAACGGGAAGCAAGCAUUUACUUGACUUUAUAAGAAGAUGUUUACUAGGAGGAACAAAAGAGGAUAGUACUAAUAAUCAUCCUAACUCAGAUUGGGCUCCAAUCCCUAGCGUCACAGAGCUUCUACAAGCUGGAGUCAAAUUUCGACGUACUGACGAUAGCAUGCUCAACAUAACCUUUGAAAAUGGAGUUAUGAAAAUUCCACCGAUCGUGGUUAACGAAAAUGGUGAGUCCCUCUUCAGAAAUCUCAUUGUUUACGAGCAGUGCGAAGCCAGCGUGUACGAAUGUAAAAUUACAUCUUAUGCUGUGGUGUUGGAUAACCUGAUCAACACCAGCUCGGAUGUGGACAUUCUGGUGCAGAAAGGAAUUUUAUUUACCCAUUUAAGCAAGGAGGAUAUAGCUAGCUUUUUCAAUAAGCUUUACAAUAACACCAUCCCUGGCCAUUUCUCUUAUAAAGAGCUCACUGACAAAGUGAAUGAGCAUUAUCACCGUCGCUUCAAUAGAUGGAAAACAAUUCUCGCACGUGAUUAUUUCAACAAUCCAUGGUCAACUUUGGCAUUUGCUGGUGCCCUCUUGGGUUUGGGUUUGACCUUCAUGCAGACCUUAUAUGCCAUCCUGGCUUACAAGGCUCCUAAAAGUGAUGAAGGCUAUCAUUAUCCAUGAUUAUGUAUGUUCUCGCGUCCUGUGCCAACUGUAUUAGCUACUGUUAAUUGUUUCACCUCCUGCAGUAGUUAUGUUUUUUAUGUCCCAAUAAAAGCCACGACUAUGUAUUAAGUAUUG